GCCUUUUUUUCAUUCAUUCUUGCCACCGUCGUUCGUCUCGACCUCAACGCUAGCUACGAUGCAUUUGAUGUACACCACAGACGAGAGCGGUAACAGAACAUAUACGCUCAAGAAAACCACAGACAGCGGUCGCAUCACCAAAUCUGCCCAUCCUGCCCGGUUCUCGCCAGACGACAAGUUCUCGCGACACCGUGUCACCAUCAAAAAACGCUAUGGCGUCCUCUUGACUCAGCUCCCGAGCAAGCCCAUGUAAUUUCCCCCGCCUUUUCGUCGUCGUCGUACCCGCCAAAGCCACGCCGCGUCAUUUAUUCGGUGAUAUAUUUCGGUUACACCGUUUGCUUGGGUAAUACCUGUAUAUGGGACUAGGUGGUUGGCCGAGGGUGCCUGCCGGUGCAAAGCAGGCAGGAUUUACAGAAGAACAUAUAGCGGUUGUAAUCUCACACGUCCUGCAAUACACCACACAACUGUACCAUAUUUCUCUCUCUCUCAAGUUCUGAAAUCUUGCUGCAUAUGCCCAGGAAUCUGGUUAUAAGCCAUUAGCUAGAGUCUCAUUUAUGUUCUCAAAUUUAACUCCUAUGGUGUUCAAAGGAUGU